AUGGCAUCUUUCAACAAAGUAAAACACAUGCUAAUGCUGGCGUUUGACUGGAUUCUGUACAGUGCUGGUGUUACAAAUAUCUGCCACGUCACUGUAACACAACCCAGGUUUCAGGAAGCCAACUACUCCACGCACACUGUGAAGCUACCAUGUACUUAUUCUGCCACUGGAUGCUCCUCCACUCAACCUGAAGUCCUAUGGUUUCGCUUUUUAACUAACAAACAUGAGGAUUUGUGUACUCCUAAAUGCACGAAUCAUCAGAAGUACAAAGUACAUUUAUCAGAAAACAUUUUACUUGAGAUCAAUAAUCUGACUGUGGAUGACAAUGCUGUUUAUAUCUGUGGAAUAGCAUUUUCAGAUUCAAGUUCACCCCAUUCUAAACAAACAGGAAAUGGAACAGUACUAACAAAAACAGCACAGAAGCAGCACAGCAAUGGAAACCUCAUUGUCAUGAUCGUCACCUCAACCAUAAUGUUUCUAUACAGCACUACUGUAUUCACAUGUUUUGUGCUCUACAAGUUAAAACCAAACUUGCUAAAGAGAAGUGGGAAUGAAGACCAAAGAACAGAGAACUGUAAAAUCAACAGUGGCCGAAAAAUUUUUCAAGCAAUUGCCCAAGAACUCCAAAAGCAGAGGUAUGCUGAACGCUAUGGACAGCCUGAUGAUGUGGAAGAUGACACUGUUUAUCAGAACAGAUGA